UAAAAGCUCUUCAAACUGUCAUAUCAUGCACCUUCUUCGCCUGUUCUGUUGGGCAUGCAUCGCUUUACUGAAGCCAUUUGCAGGAUUUGUUGAAGCCACCAAUCCCGAAAUUUUGACACCGCCAUCUCCGAUUGCCGCGUGGCGGGGAGGGGCAACGAAAAGGUCGACGGCAGCUAAAGCUAAUUCUGUUGAAUGGCGGACAUAUGAAUCUCUCGCACAAGCCUUGCAAUUAAAAUUGCCUUCUUCGGACGGCAAGCCGGUUCCCGAAAUCAGAGAUAUCGUCAAGGCCUUCCAGACACUGUCGGCAACUUCCCAAACGUUCAAAGGUUUGGAUGGGGCCGCGCACGAAACGUAUCAACGCGUGCACGGAGAAGCACAUGGAGUGGAUGUAGAGGUUGCGGGGAGAGCCCGGCGGAGUGCAUCACGGGCGGGGGCGACGGCGGAUGGUCUGGGGGCAUGUGAACUUUGUGAGUUAGUGGCAUUUGAAUCCUCCGUUGAUACAAAUAACUGCUCUACCGACAACGGCGCGCUUGCGAACCGGCAAGUGCUACUCAAUACGACUCGAAUAGUGGAUUCGACUGGUCUGAACAUCCGAAUACUUCUUUUGUAUGAAGAAUUCUACCAAGGUGGAGCGGGUGUGCAGCACGGAGGGAUUGAAGACUUGGCUGUAGAAGCACGUGAUGCUCCAGGAACCAAAGAGUUGCAAGCGCGAGGCCGCUUGUUGAUUGUCCUUGGUGACAGCGCUGCACAAGACCUAUCGCAAAUACUUGAUGUCAUAUCGCAACCGCUGCACCAUGUACACCUGUACAAAGGAUUGGCGACAAAGGAAGCGGCGUCCGUGCAGCCCACCCUCUUCUCUACUGCUGGGAUAGUGCUGCGGGAACUUGAGCCCUUUUUGCGAACCUACCGUGCUUCGGCCGUGCAUAUUGUGGGGCGGUCUUUGGCCGGAGGUGUUGCAGCUUUGGCUGCCGCAAUUCUGGAUGGUAGCUUGCCUAUGCCCGGAGCCAGAAACAGCAAGAAGAGGAGAAAGAAACGGCAACCAGAGCUAAACCAAACCGACGUUGAUCUGGAUCCGGCUUCGAACUCCACCGAUGUCGCUCCGUUGCAAGGGCUCGGUAAGGAACGAUGCUCAGCGGUGACACUUGGCGCCCCGCCAUCAAUGUCGGCCAAUGUACCUGCCGAAUUUGUAACGUCCAUUCUCUAUGGAGACGAUGUAGUGGGCCGAGCAUCACCAGCUAGUUUGACACGUUUGCUCAAACGCACCCACCGUGUACUCAAGCGUGGCAACAUGUUGGGUUUCGGCCGGGUUACUGACACCAUUUCCUUGGCUAAAGAUAGCUUGAAAACCCACGCCCACGGUAGUGAAGGCGAAGAAGCGCGUUUGGCGGUACCAGGCCGAGCAUAUUUGAUACGACCAAGGCGGCUUAGUCACGCCUGUAGCAUACACGAAGUUGGCGCCCAGUUGAAGGGCGGAAGGGAAGCCUUACGGGCGGCCGUCUUGUGGCAACUCAACGAUGUUCUUUUGAGCAAGAGCUUGUGGAAACAUCACCAGUUAGAAUCUUACAUCCAAGGAUUGGAUCGUGUACAGCUGCGCGGCCUUGAAGACGACGGCGAAUCUCGUAUGGAGUAA